GAGAGACGGGGAGGCCCCCCCCCGCAGCAACAGCAGCGCAGCCUCCCAAGCCCCCCCCAAAAGCAGAAUCGGGGACCCCUUUGGAAAGAGCCCCCCAAGAAACCCUGAUCCGCGCCCCCCUUCUUUGCAGGCGGGAGUUCCACCGGUGAAGGCGCCGCCCCCCCCGGUUGAGUGUCUGCCUGCGGGGGGCGGGGCUCCAGGCAGGUCGGAGCAGCAAGCAUCCUUGGGGAGGGCUCGGGGAGACCCCCCCUUGUGCCCCCCACCCGCCCCCCAUGCCAGGCAGGAGCAGCCGAGCGCAGAUGGCCCGAGGCGCCUGCUGUGUCCUUCUCCUGGCGCUGCUGAUGCUCCCUCUGCUCCGGAGGGCCUCCCAAUUCUUCUCCUCCAUGGCCGCCUCCGCCGGGGGACCCUACGUCCCCGGGACCCUCUCCGCCGCCUUCGUCACCUGCCCCAACCAGACCGUCGCCAAGGAAAUUGCCAGGGCCGUCGUGGAGAAGAAGCUGGCAGCCUGCGUCAACAUCGUUCCCCAGAUCACCUCCAUCUACGAGUGGAAGGGCAAGAUUGAGGAAGACUCGGAAGUGCUGCUGAUGAUCAAGACGCGCAGCUCCCGUGCCUCAGCCCUCGCAGAGUUUGUCCGGUCGGUGCACCCUUACGAAGUGGCAGAGGUGAUCGCCGUCCCCAUCCAACAGGGGAACCCCCCCUACCUGCAGUGGGUCGAGGAGACCGUCCCAGAGUGAAGCGGAGGGGCUGGGGGGUGCCCCACGGCCAAGGAGGAGAUUUGAGUAGGAGAGCAGAAAUAAACACCUCUCUGCCCCUAGGGGCCUUGUGGGGAGAAAGCCAA